GUAUAAAGCUGAGAAUACGGAGGAGGAGAGGCUUAGACCUUCACCUCACUGCCUCAUUCUCCCUUCCAUGUGAACAUUCUGCAACGUUUCCUUCAUCCUGCCGCACCUCUCACCUGGCCAGCGCUGUCCGGACCAUGUCCACUAAGCUCCUGCCGGUUUUCUUCCUCCUCUCAGUGUUCCACGCCUGCUCUACAAAGGUUGAAGAGGAUGAAUAUGAAGAUGGAACAACUAACCAAAAAUGGGUUUUAGCUCCAAAAACACAGGACACAGAUGUGACUCUCAUACUAAACAAGCUGUUGAGAGAGUAUGACAAAAAGCUGCGGCCAGAUAUUGGAAUAAAACCAACAGUUAUUGAUGUUGACAUUUAUGUCAACAGCAUUGGUCCUGUAUCAUCAAUAAAUAUGGAAUAUCAAAUUGAUAUAUUUUUUGCCCAGACGUGGACAGACAGCCGUCUUCGCUUCAACAGCACCAUGAAAAUACUGACUCUGAACAGCAACAUGGUUGGCUUGAUCUGGAUCCCAGACACAAUAUUUCGUAACUCAAAGACAGCAGAGGCUCACUGGAUCACCACCCCCAACCAGCUCCUCCGCAUAUGGAAUGAUGGCAAGAUCUUGUACACCCUCAGGCUUACCAUCAACGCUGAGUGCCAGCUGCAGCUGCACAACUUCCCCAUGGAUGAACACUCGUGUCCUCUGAUAUUCUCCAGCUAUGGCUAUCCUAAAGAGGAAAUGAUUUACAGAUGGAGGAAAAACUCAGUGGAGGCUGCUGACCAGAAAUCUUGGAGACUCUAUCAGUUUGACUUUAUGGGUCUCAGAAAUACUUCAGAAAUUGUGAAAACCUCUGCAGGUGAUUAUGUAGUCAUGACUAUAUACUUCGACUUAAGUAGAAGAAUGGGAUACUUUACUAUACAAACAUACAUUCCCUGUAUAUUAACAGUUGUUCUUUCCUGGGUAUCCUUUUGGAUCAAAAAAGAUGCCACCCCAGCAAGAACAGCAUUAGGCAUCACCACAGUAUUGACCAUGACAACUUUGAGUACCAUUGCAAGAAAGUCAUUGCCCCGUGUUUCCUAUGUCACCGCCAUGGAUUUGUUUGUGACUGUAUGCUUUCUAUUUGUCUUUGCUGCUCUGAUGGAGUAUGCCACCCUCAACUACUACUCAAGUUGCAGGAAACCAAACUGUACUAAGAAGAAAAAGUCGCUACCUGAUGUAAGUUUUGGUCAUGUAAUGAAUUAUUCUGUACUUGAUAUGAGACCACCAACGACAGUCAUCACAUUGAAUAAUGCCAUGUAUUGGCAAGAUUUUGAAGAUGCGUGUGUCUAUGAAUGUCUGGAUGGGAAAGACUGUCAGAGCUUUUUCUGUUGCUAUGAAGAGUGUAAAUCAGGCUCAUGGAAGAGAGGACGGAUUCACAUAGACAUCUUAGAACUGGACUCUUACUCUAGGGUCUUUUUUCCUACAUCCUUCCUGCUGUUUAACCUGGUCUACUGGGUUGGAUACCUCUAUCUUUAAAUGUUGCCUGUAGCAGUGAAGACUGCAGCGUUUUCUCACUGCGGAUGGAUGGUAAAAGUGCAGAAAAAGUGAAGGACACAGUCAGUUUCAUCUCAAAUUAUAAAGACUACAUUAACCUUCACCAUCACAGAGCCUGAUGAAGAAUUUUAAUAUGUAAUUUCCUGAAAAAGAAAAACACGGAAGAAUUCUCUCCUGACUGCUAUCAUUUUAAGAAAAAGGUUCUUAAAAAAUUCAGCUGAAUUUAUAGUGUAAGCAAUGUUUAUGAAUAAUUAUUGUAUAUUAGAAUCUCUACUAUUGUCCCUUGGCAUAGAAGUUAUUCACAAUUCAGGCAAAGAUUAAAUAUGUAAUUUUUAUUUUUCAUUCCCAUACUUUCUUCAAAAUGCUGCCAUAUCCCUAAGGCUCAAAGCAAUGUACACUGGCAGUAGCAAAUAAGCCAAAGCAAAUGAAAACACUCAUUUGUAUUCAAAUUUGCUUGAGCUAAAUCCCAUAGGUUUUGGGAAACUGAUGAUCUCCUUGAUAUAGAGUAACCACCAAAAGACAUAUGUAGAAAUGUCUCUGGUGGGAUCCAAACAUGGACAUUACUUUCUGCAGAGGUCUGGGAUUCAUGGGAUUAGCCACUUACCCACAUAUAUUGGUUUAACUUAAAGGUGAAAAGGCGGAUGGAGAAGAAAGUUAUUAUUUUGAUAUAAAUAAGACUUGCCUAUCUCUGAGGCAGCUGUAGGCAUAACUUCUACAGUUUUUCAAGCUUUUAACUGUGUUUUUUAUGACUCAUUAAACACAGGAUGGUCAUUGAUUUCUAAAGUACUAUACUUGAAGCAGGACAAGAUUCCUGCUUGUUCGUGUCAUUGUAGCAGAUCAUAGUGCAUAGCCCAUAAGUAAAAAUCACUAUAUAAUAGCACCAGGAAUAUAUGACUUUCUUCAGAUUUCAAUUUGUUAAAAAGUGCAAUCAUGCAUUCUUAUAUUUUCCCUCAAAGCUGUUUUACAAUAUUGAAAAACAUGCGUGCCAAAGGACUACUUUUGUUCUUUUUGUAACAUUAAACACUGCAGUAUUUACUCAUGGUAGUUGUUCCCUGGACCUGAGGUAAAGACUGAACACCUGUGGCUUGAAUAGUGCAUUACAGGAACUCAAUUGUGACACUUGGAUUAAACAUGCAAUUGUUGGAUUAAACAUGAAGUAGUUGCCACAUGUAGAAAGAGAUUCUUUUCAUUCUUUUCCAAAUUUUCCAGCUAUAUUUUACACUGAAAACCAAUUUUGUACUUGUCAAGAUUUUGACCAUUCAACUCUAAAAUGACCAUUUUUUCAAAAACUAAUUUUACAGUAUUAAACUAAAAGAUGUCUUUUACAGACUGUCUACAUAAUUGUUAUUAAGCAAACAAAACACAUUCAGAAUUAAAUAGCAAUAGCUUUUCACUACCCUUUGGAUGACAAAUUGUUACAAAAGAUUGAAGUUAAAAGAUACCUAAAACAACAAUUCUAUUUCUUUUCUCUUCUGGAGACAAUUUUUUUUUUAAUAAUUCGAAAAGUGAGUGUCUCUUCCACACAGUAUUUGAUGAAAAAAUGAAUCGUGGACAUGACUGAAAAGGAGUUCGUUUUUUCCCCAAAAGGAAAACCCUGCAAACAAUCAAAAACUAAUGCAAUGGUAAUUCUAAGGGAACAGAAAUUCUGUUAUGUUCUUUGAAACAUCACUGUCUGUCAUUGCUGUUGCUCUGUUCUUCCACUGAGUUUUUAAUUGGGAAAAAAAAACCCCUAAUACAAAAGUUAAUUGUAGUAACCCAGAAUCUUUCUUCUGUUUUUCACUUGUCUGAAAUAGCAGAAACAUAGCUGGGUUUAGGUCGGGGUGGGGAAUCACUUCUGUAAGGACUGACAAAAUUCAAAUUAGAAGCACAGAGAAGAAAUACUUUGAGGCAGAAUCUAAGCCUUAAUUUUAGAAAAAUCUGCCCAAUCUGAUGUCUUCUAAACCAAUGAUAACCUUCUGGUUUCAAAAUAUAUGUUGAAAAUUUUGCUAACUCUCAUUAGCUAGUUAACUGCUCCAUAAACCUGUGUCCUGCACUUGGAAGUAUGGAUUUAAUUUAAGGAUGACACUGAUAUUUUAAGUAGUGCAAGAAGGUGAUUAAAUUGGAGUUGAAUAUCCUGAUCUCUAAUCAUGAUUUUGUCUACUCUAAUAGUCACCUUCAGCCAUGUUUUGCAAGAACACUAGAAAUAUUCCAAGCCUAAAUAAAAGAAUGGAAACAAUUUUCCUUUAUGGGGCUGAUCCUGCAAACCCUCUGCACAAUCAAUUUUGGUGGUAGUAUUGAGAUAAGUGAUGCACAAUCAGGUGCCUUCCACCAUUAGAUUGUAGAGUGAGGUUUAUUUAACAAUUGCAUACUGUGUGAAUUUCCUGGGAAGUGGAACAUUCUCUUGUUAGAUGAUGAGCACAUGCUUUUCUUACACUUCUGCCUGAAAGCAGGCAAUCCCACCAGAUCCUUCUUUGGAAGACUGAUUCUGCUAAGUCCUUUCAUAUUGCCCAUUUUCUGAGUGUUUUCAUAAACAGAAGAGAGAAGCAUAUAAUUCCACUUUUUUCCACUGUCCUAAAUCAAGAAAGAAGCCUCAGACAUUACUGCCUUCUGCUCUUAUAGUGAGAGCAGAGGACAUAUUCUACUGUGUAAUUUAUUCUACUCUGGGGUUAUCAAAAAAUUGAUUUUUAUGCAAGGCAAGCAGCUGCAGGCUGGCAGGUUCCUGAAUGCAUUCCUCUGCUUGUUCCUAGUAACUUGGCUUACUCUCACUGCUCUACUGCUCUGUGCUUUGGCAGCCACUGAAAAACCUUAGAGAUCAGGGAAGAUAAGCCUCCUACAAUCCGAAUCAUUCAAAAUGCCAGUAUUUUAGAGACCUAGAUAAUGUGGUCUGCAUACAUCUAUGUGCCAUAUCCUUCUGUAGGAGUAAGAAUAUCCUCAAUAACCUUCAGAUAUUCUUUUGCUUCUUUUGCAAAUUGACAAAAGUUAACAUUUUUGUGUGCUGUCCCAUGAGAAAUGUAAGAACUGUAUUUUAGCAUUUUAGAACAUUUUCUUAUUAUAUAAUUUCAUAUUUGAGACUUGCAUUUAUUCAGCUACUUCUUUUUCUUAUUUAGUACUUACUUUUACCAUUAUAAGGAAGGGAACAGAGGAAGGCAAAACCAAAUGAGCAGUGAAAUGAGCACAUUUGGCUAUGUAAAACCUCUAAACCAAACAUUAUGUUCCUUCCUUGUUGAAGCUGCAGAAAGGAUUCUGAGGGUUUUUUAAAUAAUCACCAUUUUUUUCCAGGAGGAUCUAAAGUCAGUCCUCUUAUUCUCCCCUUCAAUUAAAAGUUCUUAGACAGUGUUUUUCUUUAUUGAGGGCAGCAUUUUCAAGGCAACUAAGAAUGUAUGAAAAUACUGGUCUUCUUAAUUUAAUCUUCUCAGUUUUUCUGGCUCUGAUGCCUAGAAUAUUGACAGCUCCUUCUUUUACAGCCAUUCUUCCAAGAAUAAGGAUAUAAAAACUUGUAGCCAGUUUACUCUCUCUCAGUGUCCAGCAGUAAUGUGGAACUGAAGUGCACCACACACCACACAGUUUUAAUAUAACUUUCUAAUCAAAAAUUACGGGUGUAGUUUAAAACACCUCAGGCAUUUUGAUAACCUUCUCUUUCUCAUGUUCUCCUUAAUCAACUCUCAACUGUAUAUUGCUAUAUUGUGCAUACCAAUAAAAAUGAUAAAAACGACAAAAGGCAGAAUCAUCUUCACAGAGACAGUGAUGAGUAGUGAAGCUAAAAGAAGAGAAAGAAAUUAUUUUUUAUUGCUGUGCAGUUCUUAUCUGUUGCAGUCCUCUUAUUCAAUUUAACCCACAGCUAAUUCCAAAUCAUCCACCUGGAGGUUUGCACAUUCAUCAGCUGGAACAGCAGUGACACAUGAGCCUUUAGCUGAUAGGAAAUCAUUUCUGGAACUGAAGGCAUCCUGCCAAAUAACUCAGACAGAUAGCUAUCUUAAACACUUCUGCAGCUCUAAUGUGUCUUGGUGUCUAGCAUCUCAUGUUGUUUUGUGAAUUUAUCACAACUGUUCUUAACUGGUCAUUUCAUGAAGGGAAGGCUGUUUACCUCCUUUUUAUGCAAAAUUUCACCAUGUAUCUAAUAAAAUUACUCUCCUACACGACCAGACGCAAAGCAACUCUGGAACUGCUGCCUUUGUGGGGAGGGAGACUCAGUAUUUUAAGACAGACAGAUUUCACAGGAUCACAGAAUCAACUAGGUUGGAAAAUACCUUGGAGAUCAUCAAGUCCAACCUAUGACCUAACACCACCUUAUCAAAUAAACCAUAGCACUAAGUGCCAUAUCCAGUCUUUUUUUAAACACCUCCAUGACUAUUUCAUUAGCCUCACCAUCUGGAGGGUUGGUGUUACCUUGUAAGCUGUAAAAUAAAAAAAGUGCCCAGUGAAACUUGUAAAGGCUGUCUGUAACAGCCUGUGCUUUUUCCAUUGGCUGCUCUUUCCAUAUAACGCAGGAAGAGAAGGCAAGCCAUAUCUCAUAAGCUUAGAUGCCUAUGCAUUCAGAUGAUUUUUUUUCAAGGUAUCUCUUUCUUCUUGCUCACAGUGAAAUGUUUGUGCCUCUUACUUCAGUGCCUUUAUCAUUUGUUAAUAUGAAAGGAUAUUCCUUAACAUUAAAGACUAUUUCUCAUCUGAAAGUUAGAAAGUGGGACCAAUGACCUUCCUGGAGUUCUUCCGGAGCAUCAUAGUGUGUGACGAAUAUUCUAAAUGUCUUCAAUGUAUAGACUGAGCAUUUGUCUGCAUUUUCUUUAGUUUUCUAAACAGUCUGUAGGUUUCUUAUUUCCUAAAUAGCAAAAAGCUGCAGUGGAACUUCAGCAGUUUAGCAGAAUCCUUCUUUCUUCACUCAGCAAUUUCAUUCCACCAAGAGAUAGAGAGCAUAAACUCAAGGCUCAUCCAGAUCUCUUUCCAGAAGACUAUUUAAAAUAGGUAAAAACCAGACUAUGGAUUGGGAAUGCAUUUCCACAGCUGAAAGGUGAGGUUCUUUUUCCUUUCGAGGUUUUUUAGCUUAUUUUCCUCAGUUAAUUUUAGAUCCUUCCUCCCUCCACAAGCACAAAAUUAGUUCAACUUACACUUGCCUACUGAGAAAAAAGUAUAGUGUCAUUAGUGUUAUACUAUACUUGUCUGCCUACCACCUUCUUAUGGUUCAUCACACUCUCUUCUUGAAGGGUUCUAGUAUGUACAUGAAAAAAUUAAGGCCUUCCUUCAAGACUCAGUGGCCUUAAUAGUUUUACCUUUUUCCCUGGGAUCGAGAAGGAGUUCUUUCCUCAUAAUUUAGGCCACUGGUUUAGAUACUAAAACCAAAGCUAUAUUUUAUACAUAAAGUGAAAUUAUGUUUCAACAGAAAAAAUUAUCUUGGCUUGAACUGAAUUGCUUCGACAAGUUAAACAGUAAAAUUUUGUAUGCUGAACCUUUGCUGGAUAAUUCAAAGAGAUAUGCUGUCCUACAAUCCUGUCUAGCUAGGACUAAGUCCUGAAUUAGGGAUAAAUAUUGUUCUAAUCAUCUAGUUUACCUAGCAGAUUUUUCUUUAAAUGACUUUUGGCUUGACUGACUUCAAACACUUGGUUAGUUACUGCUGACAUUCCUCAAGUGAGAUAUCCAAUAUCUGUGAUGAUAUAUUGCAUUCUACAGGCUUUACUUUUUUUACUUUUCCUCUUUUGUUGUGGGUCCUCAAGACAGUGUCUGUAUGCAUCUGGACUCCUCAAGGGUUUUCCUAGAAUAUAUGUGAAACUAGAGAAUAAAAUUCAUUAUGAAGUUCAGUGCCUCAGAGCUGGACACCUGAGAAUUCUCUGCUUUCUACCAAAACAUUCAUUUUGAUCUUCUAAUCAUUUGCUGUUUAUAAAGGACAAACAGAAGACAUGGUUAUGUUUAUUCAUUUAUCGAGGGGAAGGCUUUCCCAAGGAUUGAACGAGGCAAAGCAGGCACUGAUACACAGCCAGUCACUUGCUAGGUAUUCUCUUAUCUAGGCAAGGAAUGGCUCUAGUCAGAGGAGACACAACAGCCUCUGGUAUCACCAAAACACCCACAUGACUUCACUUGGAGGCCUAAGCCAGCCUGUGGAGAUUCUUAUAGGAGAAUUCAGGUGCUCCUUUUGAUGUUUAAUACAGCCCUUAAUGCUCUCCUAAUGUCUCUAUAACUUCUUGCAGCAAUGCUUGGGAGACAUGAAGCUAUACUGACACAAUGUAUUCUAAAAUACACAGAAUUAAAUAUCCACAGUGAAGCUGGUGAUGGCUUGUUACUGAGACUGUAUUAGGAUUACAAGUUUUAAAAAAAACCCUGCUAGGUCUGAGUCAAAACUUUCCACAUUAAUUAAGACCAUUGACCAGAAGAGGGGUUUAAGUACAAAUUAGCAAUCAGGAAGAUCAUUGGAUGAUAUUCUGCAGGGGUUGAUUAUCCAUUGUUUGGAUUCAAAACUUGUGGAGUGUAGAUUUGUAACUUAAGUACUUAAUGUGAAAUUUGUGAUUUACAUACCUAAAGUGAGGCCUAAAACAGGUAAAUGCUAAAAUUUCUAAAUUGCACAUUAAUAUAAAAUGGGUGAAGAGAACAAUAUUGAUGACAUAUUUUUUAAAAACUACUGAUGAAUGUGAAACAGAGCAUUCUACAGAGUCCAUUCCAUGCUUAUAGACCGCAUGGAAUCCUUAAAAUGAAAGCAACUGUGGAACACAUGGAAAGCUGGUAAAAUAAUUGCAUUUGACAGUAUUACACAGGCCAUUACACAGUGGAAGUAUGCCACUGCCAGACAGAGUGUUGCAAAGGAAAAAAAAAUCAGAAUAAGCUGACAAAACAUUUCCUCUGAACAACAAUGGGAAACCUGGUGCAGAGAGAUUACAGUAUCACUCUCCUUAUUCUCUUUUGGAGUCAUUCAUAAGUCCUGUGACUUUUUUGUCACUCACAAUCACAUGGAAUACCAACCUUAAAUCACGGACCAACCUGUGGCUACCACAGAUCAUCACCAAACCUCUCAUAUAAUCCUGAUCUGAACUCUGAGUAUACUGCUCUCAAAACACUUUUUCCCACCAUGAAAACACAUGAAUUUUUUUUUACGUGAGUGUAAUUUUAGUAAUCUAAUAAAUACUGCCAACUAUGUGCCAAAUUGAAUUUUCUUAUAGAACACAGAAAAAAUUUUAGAUUUCUAAUUAUCCUUCCUUCCUAAGUUUUUGUUAGGGGUGUGUGAUUUCGUUGCUAGCAGUGCAGCUUGUGAUGUCAUAGUGAAAUGAAAGUAAAAUUAUGUGCCCAAUGUGCCUUGAAUAAUACAGGUAGCACUAGUACCAGUAUGUCAUUCUAAGUUAGACAGCCAUCCCAGUGAUCCCCCAGACUGACCUAAUCAGAAAAGUCAAACACCCAUGUGCUUCAUCUCCUCAAGUUCUCAGACAACGACUUUCCCUUCUUGAUCACAUCCAUUCCAGUUUACUUUGUGUUAAGGAGUAGGGCUGUGCAUCUAGAAUACUAUUUAUAUUCGUAUUUUGAUCCCAGCGUUUGUAUUUCUGGAUACAAAUAAAUACACAUUAUCAGAAAAUGCAA